AUGGAAUCUCAUACACCCUCAUCACAGGACAGAGGCCAUAGACCCAAGAGGGCUUCGUCUUUGAAUGUGAACUAUGAUUUGAAAAAGAGAAAGAUUAUUCAGGCAUUUGUGGAAGAUAAACGAGAUAAGAAGAAUGGAUCAAAUCUGGAAAAUGAAAUACAAGGUGAAAGUAUACAGCCGUUGGAACCUUUAUAUAUAUAUGAUAGUAAAGGGAACGUUAUUGGAAUGAAUGAUUUAUCUAAGGGUCAGAAUCAAUUAAAUGAAAAUAGUGAUAAUGAUAAUAUAAAUAAUAGUAAUAAUAAUUCAUCGCACAAAUUAAAUACCCUUACAAAUGAUAUUUUGAAUAAGGCUACGGGUUUACCAUUAAGUCAUGGACCAACACAAAAGAUUAAGAAAGAUAGUUUAUGGAAUUAUAAAAAACCUUCUACUGUGUCAACUAAUAACAAUUCUAACUCUGAGGGACAUUUAGUGGCUUCGAAUAAGCAAGAUAAUGAUACGAUGAGUAAUUGGGAAACAUUAAAUGCAUACAAUAAAGCAUUACGUACUAAUGAAUCCGAAAAUAUAACGAAAUCAAGUACUUUAAGAUUCUCUAUUUCUAAGAUACAAUCAAAUAAACUUAAGGAAAAUGAUGACGGGAUCAUCACAUCACCUCAGAUGAAAGAAGAACUUCAUACAGAUGUAGUUUUACCAAAACCUCAUGUAAAGAUUAAGAGCGCAGAGAUUAAAAAUAGUCAGUUAUUUAAUCAAAAUAUAUUAAAUAAGACCGAAGUGAAAUCAAGAGCUAAUGGAAGUAACAAUAACAAUAAUAACAAUAUAAGUGGUAGUAGCACAGAAUCAUCACAAGAACCAAAUAAUUUAAGACACCAAAAGAGAAUAAAUUAUCAAGAAUCACCCGAUGUUGAAGAAGAAAACACUGUGGAUAACUUAAUAGAAAAUGACGAUUUUUGUUCUUCAUGUUUACAAACAGGUUCAUUCCUAUGUUGUGAUACUUGUCCCAAAUCAUUCCACUUCUUAUGUUUGGAUCCACCUGUAGAUCCAAAUAAUUUACCAGAAGGUGAUUGGUCAUGUCCAAAUUGUAGAUUUAAAAAAUUAUAUCCAAAUCCUACCCAAACUAUAAAAGGAGAGAGAGAAUACACAAAAACCACAAUUACCAAUGGUGGUUCAAAAAUGUUUUCAAAAUUAUUGUUUCAAAGUCAAAGUUAUAAUCCAAGACAAUUUAUUUUACCUAAACAUAUUAAGGAUACUUUUAGUUCUGUAAAGACUGGAGACAGAGGGCAAUAUUCAAAUUCUACUGAAAAACCUGAACUACCUUAUAAGACUCUGUUUAAUGCUCCAUACGGACAAAGUGUAUCAAAACUUGAUAGUUAUAACCCAGAAAAUCAUUAUGUAAAUGAUACUGUGAAUACUCUUGGUGAAGAUGAAACAUUUUUAUUAUGUUAUAGAUGUGGUACCACUCGGUUUGGUUCAUGGGAACAUCCAGAGGAUUCGAGGCUCUUAAUCAAAUGCGAUUAUUGUAAUACACCAUGGCAUUUAGAUUGUGUACCAGAUGUACCAAGAGCUUCUUUAAAGAACCUCGGUUUAAAAUGGAAAUGUCCUUUGCAUGCUAAUACUGAAAUAAAUAGAAGACUUAAGAGAAGACAUCAGAAAUUUUUUAAACCAGAUCUAUCCUGUAAUUUUUAUAAUAAUGGUGAUAUUGAAAUUGAAUUAGAUGAAAUACGAUCAGAUGGUACAAAAGAUAUGACUGAAACUUUUAAGAAAAUUGCUACAGGUGAGGAUAAUAACUCUAUUCCAUUAAUAGAAGAAAAAUCAAUUCAAUUGGAUUUUUUCAGUAAAAUAUAUAAUUUUAAACAAGCUGAAAGAGCCAGAAAUUUUAAAAUGGAGGAGCAAUUGAUUGAUAAAUUAAUGACUUUUAAAGAUGGUCAUAAGAAAACUGACAUUAUUCCGUUGCUUUAUUUCAAUAUCAGUAAUCACAACAAAGAUAAAACAUUAAAGAAAAUGUGGGAUUUCAAAGAACUUUGUGAAGUUGCCACUGAUAAAUUAGACAGUCAUAAAGAAAAUUAUACAGAUUCCAUUAAGACCCCAAGUACACUCCCAACGAAUGAGAGUGCACAAUUGCAUAUUCUAAAAAAAUUGAUUGAAUCCAAACCAAAGGAUGAAGUUAUGAGAUUUUUUGGGUUCCAAGAAUAG